AUUUACAUCCAGUCCCCUGCUUAAAAGGUCCAGGGUACCAAUUCUAUUUGACUUAUUCUUCAAGUGACAUUGGGGUUCACUGGGAUGUUGAUUCACAGUCGUGACUCAGUUCCGGAUAUGUGGUGGGAUCACUGGGAUGUUGAUUCACAAUUUCUUGAUUUGGCCUGGUUGACACCAAAUUGUGGUCAAUGUGAAGGUUACGAAUGUGAAUUGAAGAACAAUAACAACCAAAGUACAGAAUUACCAUGCCUUCAAAUGAGGAAAAGAGAUUCACAUAUAAAUUCAAUAGCAACAGGUGCAUCCCUCGGUUCAUUUCUACUUGUACUACUUACUGCGGCAGCUUAUCGUGUCUACAAUUCUGCGAGAAAAGAAAAGGAUAAUCAACUUAAAAUUGAAGUAUUCUUAAAGAAUUACAGAGCCCUCAAACCAAGCAGAUACUCUUAUGCAGAUAUCAAGAGGAUUACAGAUCAGUUUAAGGACAAACUAGGCCAAGGAGCCUAUGGAACUGUUUAUAAGGGAAAGCUUUCUUCUGAAUGUUUUGUUGCUGUGAAAGUCCUUAAUAAUACUAAGGGGGAUGGGGAAGAGUUUGUAAAUGAAGUGGGAACAAUGGGUCAUAUCCACCAUGUCAAUGUGGUCCGCUUGGUAGGAUUUUGCGCUGAUGGGUUUAGACGAGCUCUUGUUUAUGACUUCUUACCUAAUGGUUCACUGCAAGAUUUCAUUUCAACAGCAGACAAUAAUAAUGCUUUCCUUGGUUGGGAUAAGUUGCAAGAUAUUGCUCUAGGCAUAGCGAAAGGAAUUGAAUAUUUGCACCAAGGAUGCGAUCAACGAAUCCUCCAUUUUGAUAUCAAGCCCCAUAAUGUUUUGCUUGACAAUAACUUCACCCCAAAGAUUUCUGAUUUUGGUUUGGCCAAGUUGUGUUCUAAGGAUCAGAGUAUAGUGUCAAUGACUACAGCUCGGGGAACAAUGGGGUACAUUGCACCUGAAGUCUUCUCCAGAAACUUUGGAAAUGUGUCAUAUAAGUCAGAUGUGUAUAGUUAUGGCAUGUUACUGCUGGAGAUGGUCGGAGGCCGAAAGAACAUCCGUUCAACCACAGAGGACAUAACUGAAGUGUACUACCCGGAAUGGAUCUAUAAUCUACUGGAAGAAGGCGAAGACAUUCGAAUUCAUAUUGGGGAAGAAGGAGAUGCUAAGAUAGCAAAGAGGCUUGCUAUUGUAGGUCUCUGGUGCAUUCAGUGGCACCCUAUAGAUCGUCCUUCUAUGCAUGGGGUGGUUCAGAUGUUGGAAGAAGGAGAAAACUUAAACAUGCCUCCAAAUCCUUUUGCAUCUCAAGGUUCAACAGGAACAAAUACAACAACACCUGCAAGAAAGUUAAAUCCCCAUCUAGAAGUAAUUUGUGAGUUAGAAUAAUAAUAUGACUGAUAUCUUUACUUAAAUUAUCCUUGUUGUAUUCAGGUAGCUUGUAUGUCAAACAUUUUCAGUUUAGUUCUCUUAGUUCGCGUUUGGGUUUUAAAUACUGUACUAGCAUGUAUUUUUUUAAGCUGUUGAUCAUUAGCCCAGAUUUUGGACUUUUGUUUCCUACUAGCAAAGAAAUGUUACAAUUA